AUGACAACUAAAAAUAUGGCUACAAUGCUAUGUUCUACAAUGCUGUUGCUUUUGUCUUUGGCAGUAUCAGAGACAUUUACAGCGAGGAUCAUUGGGGGUCAGGAGGUCCAGCCAUACUCUAUCAAAUAUCAGGCAUCCCUGCAGACUGAGAAGUUCCAACACUACUGUGGAGCAACCUUAGUGCACCCUCAGUGGGUGGUGUCUGCUGCCCACUGCUGGAGGCCGAGCACUCUAAUGAAGGUAGUCCUAAGUGAACACAACCUGGAGAAAGACGAAGGCUUUGAACAGGUCUUUAAUGUCUCAAAGAUACAUGUCCACAACUACAACUACAGGAAUUUCAACAACGACAUCAUGCUAAUCAAGCUGAGUGAGCCAGCACAGAUGAAUGCCUAUGUCCAGCCGGUUGCUCUGCCUGAUGAUAACACUCCUCAACUUUAUACUGAUGACUGCACAGUGAGUGGCUGGGGUGUGACACAGGUUUACAGUAACUACCUCUCCCCUGUGCUACGUGCCGUAGAUGUAAAAAUUAUGCCUUACUGCACUUAUUACUACUGGGGGAGGAUCACCUCAAACAUGCUGUGUGCUGGAUCUCAGAUGGGUGGCAAAGACUCCUGCCAGGGUGACUCUGGUGGUCCCCUUGUCUGUAAUGGCAACUUUGAGGGUAUUGUCUCCUGGGGUAUCAGCUGCGCAAACGCAUACUACCCUGGAGUCUACACCAAAGUGCGGAACUACGUCCAGUGGAUCAACUGGGUUAUCGACAAUGACACACCAUGA